UCCUGCCCUCUAGGGCAGAACUGAAGAGAAUAAUAGAAACAAUAUGUAUCAGUCAUCCUGAGGUUCUUCUGAACGAAGACGACCAAAAUAUCUAUCUUAUUGGAAGCAGUAGUGAUGUGUCCGAUGCCAGGCAGGUUCUUCUGCUCGAUCACAGUAAAGUGAAGGAUAAAAAAGUGGGUGGAGCGAGCGAGUUUCCAUUAUAUGCUUCAGGCUGGUCAACUCUUGCUGCAAAGGAGAGUAUUCCUCUCACUACAUCGUCCAUCGGAGGAUUUUUGGAUGAGAAAACGGAUCGCCUGCUGAGGCCAGACGCAGAUGACAGGAGAGCUGAAGGAGCUGGACAGUAUAAAAUAGCCGCGAGGUUCAGAGGUUUAGGCUCAGCUGCACUCGGCAGUCGAACAUCUGACUUCACCUCACGAACAAAGUCGUCUACCAGCAGACAUAGUCGCUCCGGGCCAAUGUUAGGGCACGACGUACUGUCAGAUUCACCGAAGAUUUCUGGUGAGGCGGUCUCAAGAGCAGCGGCCCAAAACACUGGAGGGGAUAUUUUGUUCAAAGGAGAGUAUGCUCUGCCUUCAUUUGCAUCUCUGUCCAGUAAAACCUCUUUAAACCCAGAGGUGAUGGAUGUCCGACCGAGGACCUCAACCUCCCCCGUCAGCACUGCUCAGACCAGCUGGUCAGGGAGUGCUGAGAUUUCACCUGCUGGGUCUGGAGCCACCUUGAAACGGGCCAACAGUUUCUCUGGAGUCUCCCAGAAGAAGGCUCAGGUCACGGAUCACAGGAGCGAGGAGAGUCCCAGCAAAUCCAGCGUCAGACCCAGAAGAUCUUCCAGCUUCAGCAGCCAAACGCAGAAAGUUCAGACUGCAGAGCUCACAGUGUACUCGGUCAUUUGGCAGCACAUAAAAGAGGCAUACAAACCCCUAAUAGAUGACCUGACCUCCGAUGUGCAGAUGACAGAGAGGCCCUUGGAGGGAAACAGAGAUGUGACUCUCUCUAUAAGAGGGGCCACCUCGUCUAAAGUGGAGUCCUGUCAGCAGGCUUUACAGAGGCUGAUCGACUCAGUUAACUUGGAUUUCUCCGUGCAGGAGCUGUCUCUUUCAGAGCUCGGCAUUGCAGAACCAACAGAUGAAACCCUGCUGGCUUGUUUUUUAGAGAUUCGUAGCCGUUUCAAGAAGGUUACCAUCCAGACAUUUAAGGACAAAAUGUAUUUUCUUGGCCCAGUAAAAAUGUGUACUCAAGUGUGUGCUUCACUGCGCAAAGUCUUUUCUGGGGAUUUGAGGCAAUCGUCUGCGCAGUACCACAGCUACAGCCUUUCUACUUCUCAGGAAAACGUCCUUCCUUCUGUUCAGAACAACAAAGACCAAAAUACUAGUCCUUACUUAAAUGCUAUGUCUCAGGCUAUCCCGGAGAGCAAAAUGGGCAAAGCUAAUGGGACUUAUCAGAAUGAGGAGUGGCAAACAACCUACAGCAACGACUUCUGUGAUAAAGGUCCUGUGAAUGGAUUCAUUAGCCCAUCAUCCGUAAAAAAAGACCAUGUGAUUAAGGAGAAAGUGAAAAUUACUGAUACAGGUGGAAAGGAUUGGAAGAAGACUAACUAUUCAUCUGAAAAUUAUUCAAGUUUGAAUGUUGUCAAGUCAGCUACACCCUGGGUUGAAACAGAGGGAGCUGUUUACACCACCCAAGUGGACCAUGUAGGGCGAGAACCGGCAAACAACCAGAGCCCCAGAGAGGAAUGCCGGUCAGGUCAGGAGGGCUCGGCGGCACUCUGUCUCUUGUGUGAGGCAAAUCUACCGUCAGUGAAAACAAAGUGUGGCGUCGCCAUGUGCUCCAAGUGCCAGAAAUCCAAGCACAAUAAGUGCAGAGUUUGUAACGAGACGGAGCACAAGCUGGAGCAGAAACCACCUGGAAUUCACGGCCACAUGAGCCAAAGCAAACUAUCCAUCAGCUUACCUGGUUACAACAAGUUCUCCACCAUCAAGAUCACAUACCACAUCCCGGAUGGCAUCCAAGGGGAGGGUCACCCAUUUCCUGGAAAGCCGUUUCAGGGAGGCGUAUUCGAAGCCUUCCUUCCUGACUCCAAGGACACGAGGAAGCUGCUGCCCAGGCUGGAGAGAGCCUUCAGGCGGGGACUCACCUUCACCGUGACGGGCAAAGACGCCGAGGCCAGGAUCAACUGGGACUGCAUCCCGCACAAGACCAGCGUGCAGGGCGGCAAAUCGAAGAACGGUUAUCCAGAUGCCACUUACUUGAAGCGCUUGUCCGAGGUCUUGACCCAGCAAGGGAUCGAGGAAUGAGCGUCCGAGCCCUCUCACCAUUCUCUAGAUUUCUUUCCACCUCUGUCUUAUAACUUUUCACACUGUGUUUCCAUUGGACUUGGUGCCAGUACGGGUUGGUCUCCUGCAGCAGGUUGAUGUUGGAGUAUUGGUCCACCCAGUAACUGAAAUCUUUUCUUUCUUUCUCCUUUAAGCCUAUCUCACUGUUGAUUAAAAAGAAAAUAAUUCAAUGUUGGACUGUAUUUUAAGUGACCAGUCAUCAUUACUGAUAAUAUACCACAAAACAUUCCUACAUUAAACUUAUUUUAUAACAAUUUGUAUUGUGAAGUUUGAGCUUCAAUGUAUAAGUUUACUUUUUUUUAAAGCUGAAUGGUUUCAAUAAUUAAUGUUUUGUAAAAAUCCCACUUUGACUGUAAAGUGUUGAAACAGUAAAAUAAAAAAAAGCACAUU